ACUCCCCCAUGUGGAGCCCAGCUGACGGGUGUCAACAAACACAGCUGGCGGGAGACGGCGUCAUGGACGGGAUUAGGGAGACGGGCGUUAUGGACGGGGAGACGGUCGUUAUGGAUGGGAAGUCGGGCGUCAUGGACGGGAUCAGGGAGACGGUCGUCAUGGACGGAAAGAAGGUCGUUAUGGACGGGGAGACGGGCGUCAUGGACGGGAUCAGGGAGACGGUCGUCAUGGACGGGGUCAAGGAGACGGUCGUCAUGGACGGGGUCAGGGAGACAGUCGUCAUGGACGGGGUCAAGGAGACGGUCGUCAUGGACGGGGUCAGGGAGACAGUCGUCAUGGACGGGAUCAAGGAGACGGUCGUCAUGGACGGGGUCAAGGAGACGGUCGUCAUGGACGGGGAGACGGUCGUCAUGGACGGGGAGACGGGCACGAGUAACACUGCACCUUGCAUUAAUCAUCUGCUGCUGAGCACCCACAUUACUGCUCUCAAUGUUAAAAAUAACUACGUUUUCAUCGGUGAAGGCCAGCAUUUUCACGUUCACGACAUUGGUAGUGGGGAAAGGCUUUCCAGCAUUGAAGUCUUGCGUGCAGCAGUAAUUCACGGCAUCCGACUUGAGACGUGUUCCCUAGACAAUGAAAAUGUUUGGAUGGUGGCAAUCUUUGGCCAGAAAAGUUUAACUGUUGUGCGUUUUACUCCCUCUCAGAGCAAGUGCUGUAUCUUUAUGGAAGAGAGGGUACUUGAAGAUUGGAUCGUUGAUGCUGCCUGGGAGACUGACUUUUCACACAUCGUACUUGCUCUAGCACACAACUCUCUCCUACGCUAUGAAGUCAAAGAAUCCAGUAAAACUGUGAUAUGUGCAACAAAUGAAUUAGACAGCAGAGAAGAAAAUAUAGAUUACAGUUACAUGUCAGUUUUAAACUGUGGCCAAAUUUCAGGGAACGAUGAAUGUAUCCCAAAUUGCAACAUGCAUAAUGCCAUUCAGCAGCAGCUCAAUAAGUCUAGGAAACGAGAUCUGUCUAUAUUAGCCACUGCCGAGUGCACCGAAAGAUGUGUCGUCUUCUGCGGUCGUGUGGUUGUGAUGUCGGGUUCCGGCUCUCUCUUCUCAGUCAACUUCUGUCCUGUUCAAAACAUCAUUACCACAACUUCUGAUGACAGAAGUUUGAUAAUUUGGGAUGUUGUCAAUGUAAAACAUCAAUCUAGCAAGAACAUUAGACAAGCGUCGUGUCAUGUCUCUCCUGAGCAAGUUAAAUUGUAUUGGAAAGAAUCACAAAUUGUAGAGAAAGUGAAAUGUUAUGGGCACAGUGCAAGAGUAUGGCGGUCACUCAUCUUAUCCUCAUGCAUCGUAAGUGUUGGAGAAGACUCCCAAGUGUGUGUUUGGGAUAACAAAGGAACAUUAAUUAUGAAGUGGAGAGCUCACGAUGGUGCUUCCAUUUGGAGUAUUGCAGCGACACAGUGUGAAGAUAAAGUAAUUACCGGGGGUGGAGAUGGCGGUGUUAAAUCUUGGAGUCUUAAUGUGAAUGCUUUACCCUGUGCAGCACCCCUGUCUAAUUUACCUUGGUUCACUGAUAUAUUGUGUGAAGUAAAGAAUCGCAAGACUUUAUUUAUGCAGAUGUUCUCAGAGGAUCCCAGACAACUUGGGGUUGAUGUUUUAAAUAAUGAUGAAAAUAUAGUCAAAGAAAAUCAUUCUCAGUUAUUUAUUAAAAAUGGGUUGUCCAAAGACUGUGAUGUGAAAGCUGUCAAAACACACAGUAAAGAGAAAUCUGCAAACCAGGAUUUUCCACGUUGCGUGUCACUGCUCGGAAUGAACAAAUACCUCGUUAUGAUGGAUAGUGGAAAUUUGUAUUUAUGGGACCAAAAUUCAUCGUCUUGGAGUCUGUGCCACAAGGACCAGCGUCUGAUGAAUUACGUGGUGAUGGAGACGUGCCCCAGCCAGAAACUCGUAGCACUUGGAACCCUCUCUGGUGAUGUGAUCAUUCUUGCACUAGAUACUGGAAACUUUGAGGUGUUACUGGAUGUGAAGACUUGUGAGGGAAAGGUGUUCUCACUCUUGUGGCUGGCCCAGAACUGCAUCCUUGUGUGUGGGGCGGCAGGUAUCAUCACUGUCUGGGAGGUUCAUGCUAACACAGGUGAGAUGAACAAGAAGUGGAGCCAUGACUUGCCUUGCUGUAAGCAGCGCUGGGUGUCGGCUGCCUGCGUGUACCCGCCAACGCCUCGGAAUGCAACGCAAAAUCUUAUUUGCGGUGAUCGGGCGGGCAGUCUUCACUUGUAUUCCCCUGGUGUAACUGAAGCCCAACAUACACUUCGUGGCAUCCAUGGCAGAAAUGGCGUAACGAGCCUGUCUCUUCAUGGGAACUUAAUAUAUAGCACUGGGCGAGAUGGAUGUGUACGUUGUUUGGCUGUUGAGGACAGACAUCUGCAAAUAAUUAGGGUCUCAAGGGUCUGCAAUGUGAAUUGGGUUGCAAAACUCGUAUUAAUAUUUGGGAGGCCCUUAGCUGUUUGUUUUCAUGAUGUGAAGUUAAUAGUAUGGAGUUUGGAAGAAGAUCGAACUGUGGUGGAAGUGGAAUGUGGUGGUGGCCACCGGUCGUGGGACCUUCAAGUUUCUGAGACAGAAAAUAGGCUGAUUUGCCUGUUUUUGAAAGAUGGUCGACCAUAUACUUUUCAGACGACACUUAAGGAUAAACUUCUUCCUUUGAUCAAGAGUCCAGUGAACACACAUGAAACUAUGUGCCUGCAGAUACUUUUCCAGCGUGGUCUAGAGACAGUGUUUGCUACAGGUGGGGAAGACACAACGCUGCGGCUGCAUUCCAUUUUGGGCUUUGAAAAGCGUAAAACUUUGGGUGUUAUUCGCAGCCACAUAUCCAACAUCAGGGCAAUGUGCGUGAUUGAGGGGAGAGAAAGAGUGACGACCGUGCAGGAGGAAGACCAGCCGGUGUGGCUGGUGUCUGCUGGGGGACGUGCACAGGUGAAAGUCUGGAGGGCUUCUUAUGGAAAGCCAGAAGUUUCAAGUGAUAUUAAAAAGGAAGUUCAAGUUGGGUAUAAUAUCGACCAAGUGUCAUUGUGGUUAUCGACCACAAGUGUCAUAUGCCAGGAAGUUGCAUCUCACAUGUUACGAACUGGUUCUCACAAAACCUGGAAGAGUCAAGAAUUAACCUUUGAUCCUGAGACGCGCUAUAUGGAUGCGACUGCAUUUUGGAUCACCAAGACUCGAGCAUUAUUAGCAUUGGCAUCUUCUGAUGGGGUUUUAAGAAUAUUUCAGUUUAAUACUGAAACAGAAAGGUUGGAGAUGCUGUGCUGUGAAGAGCUGGAUCAUUGUCUUUUGAAGGUCACACGACUACAAGUGCCAGAUACAACCAUCGUUGUGUCAACAACUACUGGAGGCCGUGUGCUCUUCUUCGACCUUCAGUCUGCUGCCAAGUGGAUUCUUGACUCGGAUGGAUCACCAUCGCUCCCAGCACAACACUCUCAGCAGCUUGGCUGUAUUGCUGCUCAUCAGUCAGGUGUUAAUGGACUGUGCUUCAAUUACCAUAACAGUAUGAGAAUAGCAGAUGCUGUGCACACCAUCACUAUGGCAACAGGGGGCGAUGACAACAAACUUAGUGUUUGGGAAGUGUUGGUCGAUGUUUCGAGAGCAGAGAAGAUCAAGAUUUCCAUAAGGAAUAUUUGCAGUGUUUUUGGACAUUCUGCACAGAUUACAGAUCUUCAUUGGAUAUCAAGUGAACUACUGGUAAGCACUUCCAUAGACCAGCGGUUAAUAAUGUGGAAACUUACUUGUGGCCAGAAAAAUGAAAGUCACAUGGAAAAUAUCAGUGAAACAGAAAAAAUUAAUCAGACAUAUUCAUGUAAAACCAGGAUAUUAAACUCCAUAGAUGAAACUAAAACUUGGAGUGACUGUAAACAAUGGUCUUCAGCAUCACUGAAAGCCGUGUGUGUACACUUUACCGGAGUACCAGAUGUAAAGGGCCAUACUUUGGUCGAUGUAAAUGACACUCGCAGACAAGAUAAAGCUAAAAUAAUUAAGAGAAUUUUUGUGUAUGGAAUGGGAUUACAAAUAUAUGAAUUAUGCAUUGGGGAUGAUGAUGUUCCCUGAUAGCCUGACUCAGGUAGUAGAAGAAAUCCCAAAACCCUCUCCAGGUAUGGUCCAGGCACGUCUACUUCACUUUUCAUUUUCAGUUGUCAAUGUUACUGCAGCCAGCACCAUCUAUACAAAACAAAUGUACACAUUUGUCUUAUCAGUUUUAGUCAAGGAUAUUUUAAAAUUUUGUUUUAUAAUUCAGUAACUUAAAUGUGGGUGUGGAAGAGACAGUAAACCCAAAGUAGGGUAGUUGUAUGACGUGUAAGUGGACUGACGAUUGUUUGACAAGCUAUUAUUAUUAUUAUGGUAGCCUGUUGAGACUUUAUCAACAUACCAAUAUCUUUGAGCAAGCCGUCUUGAGGCAAGCUUGUCAGAGCAGCGGCGGCCCUCCUCCAAGACGUAUUCAUCAAUUAUAACACUGUACUCUGUAAUAAAAAUUGGUUUGUUCUUGUAUAUAAAUUUAUAUUGCAUUUUACUGUAUAAUAAUAUUUAGUUAAGUGUCUAGGUUCUGUUGGCAAUUACUUGUGUUUGUAGUAUGUGGUUGAAGCAUUUAGAUGCGAUUCGAGCAGAGGAUGUCAUCGAAACACAGCUUGAGAAAACUACAUACGUCAUCAGUUGUGUGUAAACUGUUUUUCAUUCGUAAACGGGGGUUUGAUGGCUGGAUUAACGAGCAUUUGACCCUUGUUAAUGAGGACAGGCUGCUUUGAGUGGGCAUUCCUGAAGUAAACGGAAUCACACUUGUCUUGUUUACUUCAGUCUUCAGAUGGAGUUUUUUCUGUGAGAAACCCUUACAGCUCUCUGGAGCUAUCAGACUGAUAGGUGAUAUAUUAGUCUCGGGCAUUAGUCAAUGGAGUUCAGCUUACCAGGGACCAUGAGCCAGAACCUGGCCCCCCUCAGAGAGGCACAGGGAGCAAUGGCCUUUGGAAAAUGCCCUCUGUGGUUGGAGGUAUUCUUUGUUUGCCAUCGACCGGGGUAAGGCACCCAGAAAGGUAGGCAUAACAAAACAAACCCUACUUGAUAAGAAAAUUGCAACCGAAAACCGAACAGGGAGGCAGAACUUCCCCAACUCUAAAGGAAACUAGCCAUACACCACCAACACAACGCUUGCCUGUGCAGCCCUCCCCUCCCAGGGAAGGGAAGCCUCAGACCGCCGUGCCGGCUACUCACACCCCAGUUCGUUGGCUGAUGCGAUCUGGGACAGUUGUCAACUCUGGCCUCGAUUUCUUGGCAGUGUUUUGCCUUCGUGGUGUUGUGGUAGUGGUGGUGGUCAGGUGUAACAUCAGUGUUACACCUGACUCAUGGGGCAAAAAUCUUUCUGAAGCAACCAUACGAGUCAUAAAUACUCAUACACUGCUUAAGUAAACAGAAGCAAGUAACAUUUAGUGAGCCAGCCAGAGGCUUAGGACCCACCCAGGAAUAUCCCAGCAGCAAAAAAAAAAACGCUUGGGUUUAACCAGCUUUGCAACAUUUUGCCUGUGCUUCCUGUAGCAAUCAGCUUAUGGGCCCUGGAAAACCCCAUCAUGGCUCGGUGGACUGAUGGAUGCAUCUUUCGAGUUCUAGCUUGCCUUGUUUGAGUUUGACGGUUGUUCUGUGCCCUUGUGAUAGGUAACAGUCAUCAGUUUUACCUCAGUCAUGCUGACUGUUGGGUCAAUAACACCUUUGACUCGGAGUCUAGCGAGAUGUGUUCUCUGUUCGUGCUCCAUUUUACCCAUUCUAUAGACAUUGAGGUUCGGGUGCAGGUGGCAUCUACAUUGGAUGCUCAGUUUAGGUUGCUCCAUCACGCUAGGUUAGUUGCCUGCUCGGAUGCCCCAAGGCUGCCCCGUUUUGGUGAUAGGAGAUAGGAAUCCUCGUCUGCUGCAUUCUCGGGGUUUGGCUCUGUGUGUGGUUCAUAUUCUGGGGAGUGUCCAACGUCCUAGCGGAUGGCCUGUCUCAGUUCAUUCCCCUGUUCACGGAAUGGACAGUCGAUGCCAACUUCUUUAGUUGGCUCUGCUGGAUGUACAAGCUCUCGGAGGACUUCUUCACGUUGGCUUGGUCUCGGCAUCUCUCAAUAUAUGUGGCGCCCUUUUUUGACUGCAGAGCCAUCACUGUAGACGCCUUUUAGCAGGACUGGUCCAGUGGGGUUAACUGUACCUCUUCACCCCCCUCCCCCUCUCCCCUGGUACAGCUGUUGCUUAGGGUUCUGGCUCGGUUGGAGUCUUACGGCAGAAGAGUCAUCCUUCCGUCAUCCGGAAGAGAAAACCAAGGCUCAGCCUUGGUUUCAGGCACUGCCUGCGCAGUGUCCAAACCCAGUGCAUUUUCUGCGGCUCUGCCUCUUUCAGCAGAUCAGACCAUCCGGUACAUGGCUGGUUCAGUCUAUUCCUCUGCUCUUCGCAGAGGAAGAACCUCGAUUUUGGAGGUUGAACAGAGUCCUGGGCGUUCGUUAUUUGGUCAACAUUCCUGGUUCUGCUCGGUAAUGUGUGCCUUUGGGUCGCAAGUUGCAGCCAGUUGUCUCGACUUCGAGUUGUGGAGUGCAUGGCAGCCGCCUGUGGGGUAAGUCCCUCUUUUACUUAUAUUGGGUUAUGUAGUGCCAGAGAGCCGAAGGGGCUUCCUACAGAAUACCAGUGUUGAAUGUAAUGAAAUGCUGUUUUUCUGAGUGAGCCCUGGAGGCUCCCUGGCACCCUCCCUCCCUCUGGUCGGCGGUUUCGUUUUGAUUUUGAUGCUGCCUCCAAACUGGGGUGUAAGUAGCUGGCACCAGGAUCUGGGGCUUCUCCUCCCCCUCCUUUCCCCUCUGGGGAGAGGAGGGUUGCAUAAACAAGCAGCACAGCAGCGGUGAAUGACGUUUGCUUGUUUCCUUGAGAGUUGGGGAAGUUCUGCCUCCCUGUUUGGUCUUUGGUUAUUCCUACCUUUCUGGAUGCCUAACCCCAGUCGAUGGUAAACAAGGAAUACCUCCAACCACAAGUUGGGUUUCCCAGAGGCCAUCCACUCUGUGGUGUCGCCUUGUCAUGGUGAGGGGCUCACGUACACCUCCCUGGGACCAGUGAGGGUUGCAUGUGCCUCCUCUCCUGCCUCCUCUGGUGUACAUGCAGAAGGGCACCAUGUAGGGGCCUUGCGAGUCUGGACCACCCGCUGGAGGGGUCGCCCGUGAGGGGCUGUCCUAAGUGGAUGGUUGAGUGUCCAGGCUGGGGCGAAAGGGAGAAUGGGGUCUUUGCACCAGUGUGGGAGAAUGGACGAGGCAGUAGGAUUCCCUAUUAAAAAGAGGGGAACACCACUGGUGACGACGCAUCCCUUCCUGCACUGACCUGCGCUCGGCCUCCCUGGCAGGUGGUAUUUCUUGGUUCCAGACCCUAGACUUUUAGAAUUGAUGUGUGCAUGGACACUGAACUGACCUCUCUUACCCAGGCUCGUGGGAUGGGCGACCAGGCCCAGAGUCGGAGGUGAUGGAAGACUGGGCUCUAUAGCCCCGGCCGCAUUGGGCCCAGAUCAAGCUACUCUUUUUUAACCCUCCCGACUACCCCCCUCCCUCCUCUGUGGUAAAGUUGGGCCCCAAGCCCCAAGUUGUGACCACAUUGUACCUUGGGGCGGUUCCUUCUCUCAUUGUGACUUUUGCUCCUUUUACCCCCACCCCCUCUCUCACUGGGGGUUCUCGUGCAUCACAUGGAACAUUUUGUUCAUUUUGACGUACGUUGUAUGUCAAAAUGAAUGAAGUACAACAAAAAUUGAGGUGAGAAAACUGAAGAGAGUAUACACAUUUCAGUGUGGCCACUCGCUCCAUUGAAACACUCAGCGCACCAUGGGGUAGGCUGGGGCGCGCAUACUGUACCAAGAAUGCGAAAGUGUUAAGUAGAUUCCGAAUCAUGUUAAGAAGUAAGGCUUUAAGAAAUGGAUUUGCUAUCAUGUAGACAAGUAUCCAUACUGAGUUUGGAAUGUUAUCAUUUUGGUGUUUAGCAAGGAUUGGCAGUUUUCUCCUCCCAUAUAAUAUUAGCAUAGACCAUAAUUAAAUGGUAAUUAUGUACUGUAUUAUUUAGACAGAUGAUAUUUGUAAAGUAUUUUUAUACAGUAGGUUAAUAUUCAGUUAACCUAUAAUAUGUUAAUACUGUAUUAUUACAGAUUAAUAAUAAAAAUAUUCAGACAAGUCACA